UCAUUACUCAUUAGAGACUCUACAAAUUCGUCAUCGGAGGCUAGUCGACUGGCCAUGAAACCUUUACUUAAAUGAUGCAGCGGCCCUUAUUUGGCCAAGUUGAAAAUGUCGACUCCCAAUCAAGAAGAAGAUAAGAAGCCACAGUUAUACUCGUCUUUCAUCAGUCUCAGAGUCCAGAACCAGGUUGGGAAUGAAGUAUUAUUUAGGAUUAAGAGAAGCUCUCCACUGCAGUCGCUCAUGGAUGGUUACUGUGACAAACUAGCUACCGAUUUUGACACCUUCGUGUUUCUGUUUGAUGGCAGUAGAAUUAGUGGGUCGCAGACUCCUGAUGAGCUGGAAAUGGAGGAUGAAGAUGUGAUAGAUGCUAUGGUAUACCAGAAUGGAGGUGCCCCUGCUUAG